GCGCGCCUGCGCGCUGCGGCGCCCCCUGGCGGCGGCGCGCCGGGCCCGCGGGGCUCUUAAAGGCGCCGCGCCCCGGUACCGACCCCCGCCGCCGGUACCGGGAUGGAGGCGGCGGCGGCCACAGCGGCGGCCCCGGGCUGGCGCUGCCGGCCGGGGGGACGGCUGGACAUGAGCCACGGCUUCGUGCGGCACAUCCGCCGCAACCAGCUCGCCAGGGACGCGUACGACCGCGCGGUGCGGCAGGCGCGGGGCCGAGCGCGGACGCGGCUGACACCGGGCCCGGCGCGGCCCCGGCGGCCCGACCAGCAGGUGUACCGGCCGCACCGGGGCGGCGGUGAGCGGGGACCGGGGGGACACCGGGGGGACCGGGGGGACCAGCAGGUGUACCGGCCGCACCGGGGCGGCGGCGGGCACGGCGGCGAUGCCAGCGCCGGUUCCCCCCCCGAGAGCCGCGGGGCCCCCCCGGAACCGGCCCGCGGGCCGCGGCUCUUCUGCCUCGAGUACGAGGGGGACGACGGGCGGGUCACGGCCGUGAUCGUGCACCAGGGGGACAGCGCCGAGGAGGUGACCCGGCGGGUGUGUGCCCGCAGCCCCCUGGAGCCCCCCCUGCGCAGGGCCCUGUGCCAGCGCGUGCAGGACGAGCUCAGCAAGCGCCGGGGCACCGGGUGACACUGGUGUCACAGCCCAGACACUGCCACCCCCCGGGACCGCUGCUGUCCCCCCCCCCGGUGUCAAUAAAGGUGCUGCGAGGC